CGCUGUCCACUACUUUGUACAGUCGCGCAUCGGACGCAGCGGCGAUUGUGCGCGUGAUUACGCCGCGAUGCUCGUUAUUAUUAUUACGAUACUUGCCGUGCUGCUCGCCGGUUACAUAAUCAAAUCGUUCAAAAAGCCGCCUAAAUUCCCUCCAGGUCCAAAAUGGUAUCCUGUCGUAGGUUGCACCAAAAUAGUAAACGAAAUGUCUCGACAAUAUGGUUGUCAAUGGAAGGGCUUAUCAAAUUUGGCGAAGCAAUAUUCAACUCAAGUUCUUGGUAUAAAACUUGGUUUAGAACCGAUAGUUGUGGUUUAUGGAGAUCAUAACGUAAGAAGAGUGUUUACUGAAAAAGUAUUUGAAGGGAGACCUAACAAUUUCUUUUUACGUCUGCGUUGUUUAGGCAAAAAAAUGGGUAUCACUUUUGCCGAUGGAGAACUUUGGAAGGAGCAUAGACAAUUUACAGUGAAACAUUUAAAAAAUGUUGGCUUUGGUAAAACUGCAAUGGAGGGAGAAAUACAAAGAGAACUACAGUACAUUAUACAGUAUAUAGAUAAUCACAACAAUACACCUAUAAAUCCAAAAACAAUACUUGCAAUAUCGGUGAUGAAUAUUUUAUGGAAAUUUACGGCAGGCGAACACAUAAAUAUGGAACGUUUGAUUUUUCUGUUAGAUUUAUUGAAAGCAAGAUCUAAGGCUUUCACAAUGGCCGGCGGUUGGUUGAAUCAGUGGCCUUGGAUUAGAUUUUUGUUUCCCAAUGGUAGUGGUUAUAAUCUUAUAAGGAAGAUAAACCAACAAUUAUCUGAUAUUAUUGAAGAGGCAAUAGUAAAGCACAAAAAUGAAAGCAUUCCCGGAAACGAUUUUAUUUACAUGUUUUUAAAUAAGAUAAAAGAAAAUAGAGAAUCUUUUACUGAGGAACAAUUAAAGGUUAUAUGUCUGGACUUACUUAUAGCGGGAUCACAAACUACCAGUAAUACUUUAGAAUUUGCUAUUCUCGGGGUAUUACGAAAUAAAAUUAUUCAGGAAAAGAUUUUUAAAGAAAUACAUACUAUACUUGGAAACAAAAUGCCGUCCUGGUCAGAUUCCAACAGACUAGUGUAUACAAUGGCUUAUCUUUAUGAAAUCCAAAGAUAUUUCACAAUAGUCCCUUUAGCAGGUCCUCGACGGGUGUCGAAGGAUGUGACUAUGGAUGAUUUUUUAAUACCAAAAGAUACGACGGUACUUAUAUCCGUCGGCGAUGUACAUUUUGAUCCAGAAAUGUGGGAAGCUCCCGAUAAGUUUAUGCCUGAGAGAUUUAUUGAUGAUAAAGGGAAAUUAACGAAAACCGAGAAUAUUUAUCCGUUCGGUAUAGGACGGAGACGCUGUCCAGGCGAUGCUUUGGCAAAAUCAUUUAUAUUCAUAGUAUUUGUCGGAAUACUCCAAAAAUACCAGAUAGUAUGCAGAGAUGAUGAACUUCCGUCCGACGAGCCGAUUGUUGGUCUCAUAUCUAGUGCGCGCCCAUACACAGCGGAAUUUAGAAUGAGAAAUACAUAACUGGAAUUAAAAUGUUUGAAGUAUGCAGAGAAAUAAAUUUAUUAAAUAAAGUAUAAUUUGCAUAAAA